AUGGCUAUCUCAUCCUACCAAACCCCAGCCGAGGCUGGCAUACUAUGCCUAAUCAUAGCAAACAUGGCAAUGUCGAUCUCAGCUGUGAAAGAACUCGUUUGCUCGAUCCUUAGCACAAUGGGCAUCCACAUGUCUUCAUGGGAUGAGCUCUCUGUCGAGUCCCCCGACCCAUCUGAGUGCCAACUGAGCCCCUCUGAGUCCUACAUGGACGAUUUUCGGCUCCAGACCGUGAGAUUUGACUCGGUUUUCCCAUGUGGGCCCGAGGGAGAAGAAUGCUCGAUCUGCCUGUCGGAGUUUGACCGGUCGGCCGAGGUCAACCGCCUAUCAUGCGGCCAUGUUUUCCACAGGCCAUGCCUCGAGAAAUGGCUGAGGUGCUGGCGCAUGACGUGCCCUCUCUGCCGGAACUCCAUGAUGAUGCCGGUAAAAAUCGAGGAAGAAGCAGAUGCUUGCCCUAUGUGA